AUUUUCUUAAUUACACAUUUAAAUACCUCCGUUAUUACUCUGUUCUUUUCACUACAAAAUCUGUCCAAUUUCUCUCUAUCGUCACUCCACAUUCCUCCCUUUCUCUCCCAUCAUCAACACCUUCACUCCAUAAAGUUUGUGUCUACAAAAUUUAUUCUCUGAUUGGGUAUUGAGAAAGAAGAUUUCUUGAAGUAAAAAACAAAAAAGAUUCAAUCUUUCUCUCCAAUCCUUGAUCAGAAUCCAUUUUUCCCAAAUCCAAGAUUCGAUUCUUGAAUUUCCGGCUUCAAUUUCCCAAUUUUUCAUGUGAUCUGAGAUUGAUCAGAAAAUGCCGAUUACCGAAUCAUCAUCAUCAGCAGCUCCCAGCUCAAUUUUCUCGAUCCUCAGCCGGCGGCGCGAUCAGGUCCAUUCAAUUGAGCCGCCGCCGCACUCCGCCGCCGACACGGAGGCGGAGGCCUUCCAGCGCCACGUCGCCGACCGGUUCAACGGCCUCGCCGCGGCGGACUCCGGCAGCCUCCUGUCAAUCCCAUGGCUGCGCAGCCUCCUCGACGCAUUCCUCCGCUGCCAGGAGGAAUUCACGGCGAUCAUGGCCAGCAACGCCGCCGUCCUCCGCUGCACUCCGGUGGAUCGCGCCGCCGCCGACUACUUCGACCGGAGCGUCAAAUCCCUCGACGUCUGCAACGCUGUCCGCGGCGGAAUCGAGCUGAUCAGACAGUGGAAAAAACAGCUUGAAAUUGUCCUCGUCGCCUUGGAUGGCCGCCGGAGAGCCACCGGCGACGCCCAAUUCCGCCGCGCCAAGAAAGCCCUAGUCGAUCUCGCCAUCGGAAUGCUCGACCGGAAGCAAUCCACCGCCACGUUCGCGACGAGAAACCGCUCGUUCAGCCGCCACCACGGCCACAAAAGCCCGGGGGUAGUCCACUCCCGGUCCCUCUCGUGGAGUGUGUCCCGGUCGUGGUCCGCUGCGAAACAACUGCAAGCAUUAUGCAAUAACCUAACCCCGCCCCGUCCCAACGAGACGAACGGGGUUAGUUUAUCCGUGUUUACUAUGAGCCACGUGCUCGUGUUCACAAUGUGGGCCUUGGUGGCCGCGAUCCCGUGCCAGGAUCGCGGCCUGCAGGGCCAUUUCCACGUCCCGAAGCAGUUCCCGUGGGCCGGGGCGAUCCUCUCGCUACGGGAGAGGAUAUUGGAGGAGUCGAAGAGGGCGAACGCGUGCGGGUUGCUGAGGGAGAUUCGAGAGAUUGAGAGAUGCUCGCGGCGAUUGAACGAGCUCGUUGAUUCUGCGGAGCUCCCGUUGUCGGAGGAGAGGGAGAGGGAGGUGAAGGAGAGGGUUGAGGAAGUGAGGAAUGUGAGUGAGGGUUUGAAGAGGGAGCUUGAUCCAUUGGAAUCACAAGUUAGACAAGUGUUUCAUUGCAUUGUUCGAAGUAGAACUCAAGGUCUUGUUUUUAUUACAUGAUGAUUUGAGUGUUUUUGUGUAAAGAAAUUAGUAGGAAGGAAGAGGAUUGGAUUCUGCUUGUGCUGUGUCCAUGAUGUUCAUUUAUGUUCUCUAUGAAUAAUGAAUUUUGUUUUUAAGUAAA